UACAGUACCAGGUAUCAUCGCGGGGUCUUUGAUCACUCUGUAUUACAUCCUAUACCUGUGCAAUUGUAUGUAUGAUAGAGACACUAAGCUUUGUCUGCCUGUUCACCGUGGCGCCCAUCUUCUCUUCUUGGUAAGUCGUCGUUGAGCUCGGCCGUCGUUGACAGACACCGUACAAUACUGCGAUAUACGAGUAACGCGUCGCGUCUGUAUAUCUACGAGAGUUCUCUAUAGAAUUCAAACUCAACCUGAGAGCCGACGAGCCUCGAGGUCAAGCUACCCACACCCUGCAGCACUCACGAUGACAGACAUCCAGCCCUUCACAAUCUCCAUCCCCGAUUCCUCUCUGUCCGACCUCAAAACCCGCCUCGAUCUGGCGCGCUUUCCUGACGAGCUCGACGGUGCAGAAUGGCACUAUGGUGCUCCAUUGUCGGACGUCAAGCGCUUGACCAGCCACUGGAAAAACAAGUACGAUUGGCGAGAAGCGGAAAGGAAACUCAACACUCUCCCCCAAUAUACCACCACAAUCGCCUGCGAAGGCUUUGAUCCAUUGAGGAUACACUUCGUCCAUUCCCAGUCCGGCACCAAGAAUGCCCUUCCAUUGUUAUUUGUCCACGGCUGGCCGGGCAGCUUCGUCGAAGCCACCAAGAUAUAUGACAAGCUCACAUCCCCUGACCCCAGCUCAGACGUCCCAGCAUUCCACUUCGUCGCCAUCUCCCUGCCCAACUACGCUUUCUCCGAGGGUCCCAAGAAGAAGGGCUUCGCGCUGGCCCAGUACGCCGAGACAUGCCACAAGCUGAUGCUCAAGCUCGGCUACGACGAGUAUAUAACACAGGGAGGGGACUGGGGGUUUUAUAUAACCCGCACCAUGUCUCUGCUGUACCCGCAACAUUGUAAAGCCACACACAUCAACUUUGCCCAGGGCAACCCGCCGAGUUGGUUCACUCAUCCAACCCUGGCUCUUCAACACGCCGUCACUCCAUACACGGCCGCAGAAAAAGAAGGCUUCGCCCGCACAAAAUGGUUCCUCGACGAGAGUUCAGGAUACCGCUCGCAACAAUCCACAAGGCCGCAAACGCUGGGCUAUGCACUUACCGACUCACCCGUGGCCCUGCUAGCGUGGAUCUACGAGAAGUUGCACGACUGGUCCGACUCGUAUCCCUGGACAGACGAAGAAGUCUGCACGUGGGUGAGCAUAUACUGGUUCUCGACUGCUGGGCCCGCUGCGAAUCUUCGUAUAUACUACGAGGCAACGCAUGAGUGGGAUAUCCCCGCGACACGGGUCACUCGGGAUCGUGCGAGAGAGUAUAUCGGUGGCGGUGUGAAAUUGGGCAUGAGCCAUAAUCCGAAAGAGCUGAGAGUCGUGCCGUCGAGUUGGGCGCGGACUCAGGGCGAUACCGUGUUCGAGAAGUUUCAUGACAGCGGUGGACAUUUUUUCGCGUAUGAGAAGCCUGAGCAUCUCAUCGCGGAUGUGAGGGAGAUGUUUGGCAAAAAUGGUGGUGCGGCAGGUGUGGUUAAAGGAUUGGACGGGUAUUGAU